CGCUAAAAUCAGCCGGAUUUUUGAACAGGGAGGAAAAACGAAUAAACGCAUAGUAAAAAUAUGGAGAUAUCGAAGAGUUUGCAAGCUGAAAUUCUCGCCGUGCAAAAUAAGCUGAAAAAUGCCAUACGCGAUCAUCAGAUCUGUGUGGGCAAGCUGAAAGAUGACCCCAACAACACAGACAUUCUCGGCCAGAUACAAAAGAUUCACUUGCACAUCGUGUCGUUGGGAAGAUGCCAGAAGCAAGUUGUCCAGCGGCUGCGCAAGGAAGUCGAAACGUUCAAAGCGGAAAAUGCGAACGGGGCGAAAGUUUCCAUCGCGUCGCUUCUCGGCUUGAACAACAAUAAUCAUAUUACGAAUAACAACGAGACGAAGCUUAAAACCGCUGGGAAUAACUUCAAUGCGAAGAAAUCGAAGGAGGACUACGAAGAAGUCGUCAGAAACGGCGAUGUACCAUCACCCGCGCAGGAUGAUGGUAUACCGACAAAAGAACGGUCAAGUUCGGUGGAAACGAUCUCUGGCGAGGACGACGUUAUCGAGGUCUCCAUGGACGAGAAUUCCAACGAAAAGUCUGAAAAGGAAGAAUCAGAAAAAGAGUGCAAGGUCGAGACGUUUGAAAAAAUCAAUUUUCUGAGCGCACUUGGCCUUAUCACUACCGUUACUUGCGCCGAAUUGCAGAACAGAAGGGCUGAGAGGAAGCGUCGUAGCACCGCCAAUCCGCAAUUUGUUUAUUCCAGUCUAGAUGUGCCAACGAAACGGAAAAGACAUUCGUAUCUGCAAUCUGGAAAUGUUCCGCAAACACGGCAAACAACCGCACGUAUGAACGGACCAUCGCCUCCCCCUGUAAAAGUUUUACCACCGAAAUCGACGUCACCACCGUCGUCGAAGGCUGUGAUGAAGUCAUUGAUUCCAGUACAGAAAUCUACUACGAGGCCAAAUAUUCUUAGAAACGUAACCGAAAGUAAAGUUUUCACCAACAAAGUCAAAGCCGAAAAUGGACCCAGUCAGAUUCAGUUGCCUGUGCCCACCGUAAAGUCUGUUCAAUCGAUUGGCAACAAAGCUGUACACAUACCAGGCUUACCUUCCAGUCUGACAAUCGAAAGGAUCAGCAAUGAUUCAGCAGUCUGUAUAACCUGCAGGAAUCCAGGUACGCUUACGGUGUGUGAAAAUUGUGCAUCCAAUUAUCACGUGUCUUGUCACUCCAUAUCACCGGCGCCACCAAGAAUAUGUCCCAAAUGCGCGUUAAUAGAGGAGGAAGAGAUCGAUGACGGCGAAGAAGGAGAGGAGGAUGAGGAAGAGGAAGGACGUCCGUCGUUCAAGAAGAGCGAAGAAUUCGCUACAACAUCGCACGCGUCAGGAAUUAUUAGGAAAACAAGAGAAGACUCAGAGAUCUAUAAAGCGUCUUGUGGACUUCAUAAAAGUGAUGCAGCUCAGAAAAAGCGAGGAUUCUCCAAUGCCAUCGGCAUCGGUCAGCUUCCCUCUUCGACCUUCCUCAUCCCAAUCUCCUCGAACAGUGUCUCUUCAUCAACCGUCAACCAGUCGGAUGUCGGGCCUUCCUCAACCGUUAAUACCGAACAACGAGAAAGUGCUGUGUCCUACUCCUCCAUCGUCCUCAAUCAGUUGCCCCGGUCGAGUAUCGCCUAUGUCGAUAGGGCAGAACCUCAAGUGUCCUACGCCUACCAGUUACCAGUCAGUAGCGUCCAAUCAGAAAAACACCAGUCAUACCUCAUCGUCAAAAAAAUUACAGAACCAGCCAGAAGGGCAAGUCAGUCUUCCGAAGACCAAAGUCACACCGCAAUGCUCAAUUAUAAGUUGCCAACCACAUCAGGCUACAACUCUCGCCUUCAGACCGAAAUCUCUGUCGCCCACUCCUCUAUGUUCGUCGGUAAACAGUUGCCCGACGCAGUCAGUCGUAACCGUAAGAAGCAAACAAACCGCGCAGUACCAGCGCUCAACCGCAUCAUCGACACAGAGAACCUCUCCAUUACAGCCGAGUAUCAGUUGGAACGAUCGCCAUUUAACGGACGAAAAUCCAAGGCGAGGCAGUCAAGGAGUAAAUUCGGUAUCAAUCAACUGCGAUCUGCCAGAGCCACAGAAAUCUUACUGCCUUCCUACGAUAGUGGAGAAUCCGACAAACAAUUACAAAUCACAAAGUCAACCGAGCCAGAGGAGGCAACCGUGUUCAGUAGUCGUCCAAAGUACAGGCCAAGAACCGGUGGUCUUCUCCACUCAUUGUUCGCAGGCCAUAACAAGUCCUAUAUCGUCACCGAUAAUCCUCGAGACUUACGAGACUUCGGUGCAGCUGACAAAGACUCUAUCAUCGGUCGACAACAACUGUAUCAAGACUACCAGUUGGAAUCAAACGAACGAAACGAGUCUCCGGUCCAAUUGCAACGCGGUGCCCUCACAAAAUUCUUCGAGCACGUGAAAUUGGAAGAAGCGCAUAUACCAGCGCCAUCUAGAGCAAAGCUAGUAUACAAGAGUGGCAAUGCGUCCGAGAAGAACGAACUCGAUAUCAGUGAAACCGCGGAUGAAGAUACAAAUAGCGAGUUCGUUACCAGGACGCACACGUCGUCCUGUAACUUUGAAGAUAACUUCACCGAUCGAGAGGUGAAGCAGACCAGUUGGCUGUCGAACAGAAGCGCAGCGAAGAAGGGGCAAAAGAAAGAUAAUGCAACCAAGAGCGAUACGUUCGACUCCACUUCGAGUUCGUUAACGCGAGCAGCCGACGUUAUCACGUAUGAACGUAAACGUGGUAAUACGUAUAUAAGAGUCGAAUGUGAACCUGAUCACGACGAAGAGGACAGUACACUGUCUGGCACGUGUCAAAAUGAUACGAACUAUUCAAGACGUAUCGCAUCUUUCGCGGAAAUUGUAUCGAGCAAUCGAAGGGAUCGCCAUGAAUCGGCAUCUUUAUGUAACGCACAAAGCAAUUUCUUAGAACUUCGCAACGAGGUCUCAGUUCCUGAUGAUAAGGCUGAUACCGAGAGACAAGACUUAUCCAGUGGCAGACGUUCAACCAGUAGCAGCAGCGUUAGCAGCACGAGCGACAGCGACACUCCGGAACAAGCAAUGAACGACACUAUCAAUUAUUCUCGGCGACGAUUAUCCGGAAACGGAUACAAGGAACGUUUGGGCAUUAAUGCUGUGUCCCCGGAGAGCAUGCAAGUGCUUGAGCAAUUCGAGUCAGCUAUGCUGGAAACUGAUUGUAGCAAUGCUGCCACUAGUUAGAGUUAGUUACCUUAGAAUGCGUUACGAACGCGUUGGUUAUGCUCAUGGCUAGAUAUUUACUUUCUUUCUUUCAUUGAAUAAUGUUUGAUUACUUUUCAUCGAAUGCCAAGAUUUCUUGAGCGAAGCAUGUUUCGUUGAAGGUACUUGUCUGAUACGGUAACUCCGCGACGGUAAAUCCGAAACUAUUUACUAUCAUAACAGUUGGUAACUUUAAUCAAGGAGUUACUUUUGAGAGUUUAUCAAAUUUGUACGUGUUCAGUUAUGCAUUUGUGUUUGUUACUUAUCUAGAAUAUCUAAAGGGAAUGAGAAUUAGGUUACUCGUAAUGGCUACAGAUUUCCGUAAGCAGUUCCAGAGCUUUCUGUACUGCCUUGAGAAACAAUGCAAUCGUUUGUAUACCGACAACCUUGAUUGUGGCAUCGAUAACGAUGAUAAUUAAGUACCAUUUGCACUUCAUCCUAUAAGGAUACGUAAUUACUUCACGAUUGUAAUAUUAUCUAUGUUGUCUGUUUGUUUAUUUAUUGAUUAUUGUUCAUUAGACGUUUACCUUGUUCUUUUCGUGACAGUUAACGAACCAUGAGGACCAACUUCAAAUUUCUUCCGAUCAAACAAUAUAAUAUAUUCAUGGAGAAAUUAAUAGAGAUGCCGAUUCACUUAUCUAGGUUAUACACUCAUGUUUGCAAUGUUGACUCAUAUAAUUGGUAUCGAAUUACUCUGUAUGGUAUCUCUACAAAAUUAUUUACGCGAAUGUUUUUGCCAGUUAAAACUUUGUAAACACUGUUCAUUUGCAAUAACGACGCGUAGAAAACACGCACAUAUCUAACAGAUUUUGAUCUGUGAAAGAGUAGAAAGGCUUAAAAAGGAAGUCUACGUACGUAAGCCGAGUCAUAUUACCAUACUGCCUUAAUAGUAAUUUAAAAAUGGUACUUUUUACAAUAAUUUCUACGGAUAUGCACGAGUUUGUAUGUACGAUUAAAUAGACUGAUUUGGACGUCGCCAUAUUGACAUUAAGAGGGACAAUGCGUGAGAAGUAAAGACGUUAAUCAAAAUGCGUUACCGUAGUCGAAAACCUAGGCGUUAAGAUUGCGCGUACGUUAACAAGUAGGUAAAACGUUGUAGGAGUAACGUAUCAUCUUCAUUUUAUGAUUUAUAUAAGGUUUCUUACGAAUGGAGUGUGAGCGAGCCGUUCUCAAAUGGUUUACAUCGGGGUAAAUUCGUAGGAAAAGAACGUCGUUAUCAUUUUUAGCGUAUCAUUUUUCCGAAUUUGCAAGUGUUUACUUGAACGACUCGAUGUACCAGUAUUCAUUACAUUUUAAUCCGCGGUAUAAGCGGAUGUCUUUCAUCGACUACAUUGUGCCGAAUAUAAACGAUUUAUACAGCGACGAGUCAUCGCGAUGAUAUCGUCGAGAUAAUUUGUCCGAUGAAAAAUUGGGCGUAAUGAAGCAGUUGAGUUGGUUAAUCUAUUUAUUGCGUUGUCAUUUUUUCUCGCGCGGUAAAUACCGCCUGCUUGUCCAAUACAUUUACCUAGUGUAUAAAAUAAGAAAAGCUGAAAAAAAGUGGAAAUUGUUAUGCAAUGUAGGCAACGAGAUUAAGAUCGAAAUUCGUAUUUUUAUGAAUAAAGUGAAACUGAAAUACAAUAAA